GGAGGAAGGAGCGCACUGCCUUAGCCUGCCUGCCGGGAGAGAGAGACACACAGAGGCACAAGGACUGCUGCUGCUACUGCGCGUAAAGAGGAGGAGCAGAGGGAGUGUAGUGGAGAGGAGAGGAGAGGGCUGCAGCGGAGAGACGCACAGCUUUCCAAGAGCAGGAGGAGUGGAGAGGAACCACGUUUCUUUUCUACGGGGCAGUUUUACGCACGGGAACUGGAUCUGCACCUUACAGAUACACUUUUCAUUUGCCUAAGAACUAAGUGCUGUUUGGGCCGCACAUAAAAAAGGAACAUUAAACAUGAGAAUUUGCCCCUUUUCAAGAGUUGUAAAGGAAGGUUUAAAGAUAUUUCACCGAUUUUAAGACAUUUUCUGUUUAAAAUUUCCGUUGAUUUCUUUCAAUAUUCUCCUGCUGGCUCGUCUUAGUCAACAAGUUAGACUUUUUUUUCUUUUACAUUUAUUUCAGUAUUUCUUUUCUCCAACAUCAUCUCCAAGACGCGUUUUAUCACUCGGGUAUACCCGGACUGUGCGCACCAACAUGGAUUUCGCUGGAAUAAAACUGUGUUUGCAGUUCAUGUCCGGCAGAUUUCAAAUGAUGCUGCAUUGAUCGUGGGUUUCUACUGAAAAUAAGCAGUGCCAAUAACUGGUUUCAACUGUUUACAAGAGCCGAAUGUGCAUUUUAUGACAGACUUAAUCCGGCGUUUGGAUUGUGAUUGUUGACUCUGAAGGAACUGAGAAAAAGGACUGGAAAGUUCAGGAUCGGAACACUUUUUUUUACCCAGAAAAAAACAAAUAAAUACAAACAGGAGAGUGUUUUUCUUUUUUCUUUUUCUUUUUUUUUUUUUUGGUUUUUCGACACCUUAGGGGGAAAGAUGGAUUCAUGUUUAUUGUUGUUUGGAUGUAUUCUGCCUCUUCUUCUGCCUUCAGCACUAAAAGCUGACGAAGGAGCAUCUGAGCAAUGCGGUGGCUAUUUAGAUGCCAGCGAUGCCGGCUACAUUACCACCCCUGGCUACCCGCAGGAGUAUCCCCCUCACCAGAACUGCCACUGGGUCAUCACAGCCCCGGAGCCAUCGCAGCGCAUAGUCCUUAACUUCAACCCACACUUUGAAAUGGAGAAGCUGGACUGCAGAUAUGACUAUGUAGAGAUCCAUGAUGGGAACUCGGAAGCAGGCGACCUGCUGGGAAAGCACUGCAGCAACAUUGCCCCGGCUCCAAUCAUAUCGUCUGGUCCAUCUCUUCACAUCAAGUUUGUGUCAGACUACGCCCAGCAGGGGGCGGGCUUUUCACUGCGCUACGAAAUCUACAAAACUGGUAAAUGACUGCGUUCUAUC